UCGGCGGUGUCUCGGGCUCGUGUGUGUUUGUGUCAAGAGCUGUUGCGAAGAGAGCGGAGUACGUGAGAAAAAGUCUUUGCAUUGCGUGCACGGUGAUCGGAGACGAUCGAUGCUGAUCGCUAGCCGUGUGAAAAGAUCAACAGCGGUGAAAGAAGGUGCCAUCCGUGUGCCGUGUUGUGCACUACGGUGAAGAACACGGUGGUUGUUGUGCCGUGAAAGCAACAAAACACUCUUCUCAACCGCACUACUGUGUGCAUAACUCAUUACCCCGUGUGUGUGUGUGUGUCGCGUUUCGAAACAUUUGUGUGUUUUUUUGCCAUAAACAGAGAAUCCACUUCGGUGUGCUGUCUGUAGUGUUCUGUGUGCGUGUGUGUUUGGUUUUGUUCUGAAUUCGUCGCCAGGAGGCCCCCAGAAGCGUUCGCGUUCUCUGACAGGCGGGCAAGCGAGAAGCAAGCGAGCAAGCAAACCACCAAGAGCAACGGUGUGUGUUAUUCACCUUUACCCGCAAACGGUAGUGCAGGGAACGAGCGCCGAGAGCAGGAAAGAAGUGGAGCGCGUUCGGCGCGUGCAAAAGAAUAUUCCCUACGCGUAGUGUGGAAUCGCGCUAUUAUACUCUGUGCAUGUGUGUCCGUCCGUCUGUUUGUGUGUGUGUGUACGUGCGCGUGUGUUUUUCGUAUUGCGGUUUUUUUUUGUUGUAAAGCAGCAACAACGCAGCAACAAUAAGCAGCUGUAGUAGGCUGGGAAGAAAAGACGAUGACGAAAGCUCGACGGCUACUGGAGGAGAGCACGGGCGGAAAAUGAGCUGGUCAUCGUUGGACGGCUGGAAAAGCUACAACCGAGAACGAAUCAUCCGACGACCAUCAAAAGACGACGUCCAAAGCAGUGGGGAAGUGAUCUUGUGUUGAGAAGAGACAAGUGGAAGCGGUGUGCUGAACACAGGAUUACGAUCGAUCGAGUGUCUCAAAGUCAUAGACUGUGACUGGAGCAAUUCAAUCUGUUGACGGUGUUUGUUAAAAGGAUACUAAGGAUAGAGAGCUUAACACGGAACUGGUUGCUCGCGUGUCGCCGCUACCGACGCGCCGUCACGCCACCCCCCAAACGGCAGGAGGAAUGACCAUCGUUAUGGCCGGUCUAUCGACAGCGGAAAUAUGCGAAAACACGAAGCUGGCCCGUGAGAUGGCCGUGAUGGGGAACUACGAUUCGGCCGGCAUCUACUACGAGGGUGUGCUGCAGAUGCUCCGCAAGCUGCUGGUCGGACUCAGCGAGCCGCUGCAGAAGGGCAAAUGGUUGAUGAUACAGCAAGAAAUUAACAAAGAGUACAAUCAAAUGAAGCUGAUCCAGAAGACGCUUACCGAGAUUACGAUGGAUCUGCAGAACGCACCGCUGCAGGCCCGCAUCCGCACGCCCCUGCACGAAACGGCCAGCAAAGACCCGGCCGCCUGGUUCCGGGCCGAUCCGGACAUCUGGAUGCCGCCGGCAUCCGGUGGCCGGGGCGGAGGCGGAGGACCGAUCGAUCCGGACGUGUGGGCCCCCGCCCCCGAUAUGCCCCCGCCAGACCAUCGGCGGGCGGUAGCGCCCCGCAACCAGUCACGCUCCAGCACAGCGCUGAACCGCAAGUCGGAGGUGAACCGGCGCAAUGCGGCCACAAAGUCAGCCUCCACCUCGACCGUGGGCGGGCGCAAGACAAUCAGCCAGACGGCACGGGCCGGCGGAACGUCCGGGAUGAAUGGUGCGUCCCGCACCGGCACACUGCCCCGCACGAAGGCGGCGGGUCAGCGUGGCUCGACAGCACCGGGCGCUAGCGAUGCUACGAACGGCAAUGGCGAGAAGGGCGACAAGGAGAAGCUCGGCGACGACGAGGAGGGCAACAACGGGGGCGAUACGCCGGAGGAGGUGGAGCGCAAGUUCGAACCGGCCAGCCACGCGGACGUCGAUCUGGUGGACAUGCUCGAGCGCGACAUACUGCAGAAGAAUCCGAACAUCCACUGGGACGACAUCGCCGAUCUGCACGAGGCGAAGCGGCUGUUGGAGGAGGCGGUCGUCCUGCCGAUGUGGAUGCCCGACUACUUCAAGGGCAUCCGGAGGCCGUGGAAGGGCGUGCUGAUGGUGGGCCCGCCCGGCACGGGCAAAACGAUGCUUGCCAAGGCGGUCGCGACCGAGUGCGGCACCACGUUCUUCAACGUGUCCUCCUCGACGCUCACGUCCAAGUAUCGGGGCGAGUCGGAGAAGCUGGUCCGGUUGCUGUUCGAGAUGGCUCGGUUCUACGCGCCGAGCACGAUCUUCAUCGACGAGAUCGAUUCGCUCUGUUCUCGGCGCGGCUCGGAAUCGGAACACGAGGCGUCGCGCCGCGUCAAGUCCGAGCUGCUGGUGCAGAUGGACGGCGUCAGCAACGACGAGGCGACCAAGAUCGUAAUGGUGCUGGCCGCCACCAACUUCCCGUGGGACAUCGACGAGGCGCUGCGGCGCCGGCUCGAGAAGCGCAUCUACAUCCCGCUGCCGAACAGCGAGGGCCGCGAGGCGCUGCUCAAGAUCAAUCUGCGCGAAGUGAAGGUGGACGAGUCGGUGGACAUGCGCGACAUUGCCGACCGGCUGGAUGGGUACUCGGGCGCGGACAUCACGAACGUGUGCCGGGACGCGUCGAUGAUGUCGAUGCGGCGCAAGAUCGCCGGCCUGCGGCCAGAGCAGAUCCGCCAGCUGGCGAAGGAGGAGCUGGAUCUGCCGGUAUCGAAGCAGGACUUCAAAGAGGCCAUUUCCAAGUGCAACAAGAGCGUAUCCAAAGACGAUCUCGCGAAGUACCAGCAGUGGAUGAAGGAGUUUGGCUCGUCGUGAUGGAACGUCGCGGUGCGGUCGGCAAACAGUAGCAGCAGCAGCAGCAGCAGUAGUGCCUGGGUGUGGUAUGCUUUUACCGGGACCACGACGAUCAACCCGAGGAUAAAGCUGUGUAUCGUUUUUUAAAUGACUGAUGAUGAGGAUGACUGGGGUGGUGGUAGGCAGGACUGUACUAAGACAGUUCAGCGUGAUUUGUGAUCUUUGUAUAGUGAGAAUGAGGGGAGCGAAGGUGAGAGAGAGAGAGAGCGCGUAUCACUUGGGAUCGAAACAUAUGGGACCUUAAAGAGCAAAGGAUUUUUGCGCGACUAUUUGCUCUAAACUUGUCCCACUUCGGUGGCGCAAAUCAGAAGAUCGGCUUCUCGAAUUGCAUCACAUUUUGUUGGGAUUUGGUUUAUAACACAGCCAGGCUGCGCAAUACCCUUAUAUCUCGGGCGCUAUAUCACAAUAGUGCCCUUCCGGCUACUAAACGCUUCUACACAUCGUCAUAUCAACAACAGCACGAGUUAC